GUUACGAAGUAGGUAUAAAGUUUCGUUGAUAACCGCGUAUAUAAUCCAAUGAGUCGUUUUAAAUAACGUUAUCGUCCUGUAACAGUUCAUGAUAUUAACUCAUCGACUUGGCAAUUAGUCGAUAGUAUAUUCAACGAACAGAUAACCACGAGACGCGUUUAUCGAGAGAACAUUGAUAUUGAGAACUAUCACUUAUUUAAAGUUUAUUUAAAAUGGGUCAAGUCAAAAGAGUGCUUGUUAUUUACACCGGUGGAACUUUUGGAAUGUUGAAAAAUGAGAAAGGAGUAUUGACCCCACAAAAAAACAUUGAGCACCGUGUAAUCAGGAAACUUGCUCAGCUUCACGACGAUGAUUACUGGCACAAAAACUUGGCAAAGACUGACAAAGCAGACUAUCUAGUAUUACCAGAUGGCAAAGAUACAGACAUUAAAAUAUUGUACAAAAUUUACGAGUACGACGAAUUAAAGGAUUCCUCAGAUUUCAUGAUAGAGGACUGGCUCAAAAUGGCUCGCGAUAUCAAGAGGUUUUAUUACGACUAUGAUGGAUUCGUUGUCCUCCACGGCACAGACACGACAGCGUACGGUGCGUCAGUGUUGUCAUUUAUGUUGGAGUCUGUUGGGAAGACGGUGGUGCUUACUGGAGCUCAGGUGCCGAUAUUCCAGCCGCGCAGUGAUGGCAACAACAACAUCUUGUGUGCUAUUCUGAUUGCCGCGACAUUACACAUCCCAGAAGUGACGGUCUUUUUCGGUGCAAAACUUUUCAGAGGAACUAGAGUAAAGAAGGUCUCAAACACAAGAAUAUACGCUUUCGAUUCUCCAAACUUCCCUCCACUGUUGGAAGCAAAAACAAUACUUGAAGUUGAUCCAAAAAUGCUGAUUCACCUGCCCGGCUCUGUUCCUGACGAAUGCAGGUUACACGAUAAACUUGCCCAAAAAGUAUACGUCCUAAAAGUAGCACCUACGAUUACUCCUGAAAUUAUUAGAGCAGUUUUUGAAGGAAUGGAAGGUGUAGUCCUAGAGACGUAUGGAAACGGAAACAUCCCGAUAAAGAGGAAAGAGAUUUACAAAGAGAUAGAGAAGGCUGUGAAGAACAACGUGCUAGUCGUCAACGUGACGCAAUGCAUCAACGGAACUGUCCUGGGGAAGGCUAUUUACGAGACUGGACUUCUAUUAGUAGAGUGCGGUGUGGUGCCCGCGUUCGAUAUGACAGCCGAAGCAGCCUUGGCGAAGCUGUCCUACGUGCUCACUAAAACAGAACUCAGCUAUCAGGAAAAAGUCGAGCUGAUGAAAACGAACAUACGAGGAGAAUUACACAACCCGAAUCAUUAACAAGGAAACCAGAUUUAAAACAAACCUAGUUUAGGAAUAAUAUAAGAAGAGUUUAGGAAUCGAAUACAUUAUAUUAAGUGCUAAAAAUAAAUUAUACCUACUAC